AUGUAUUUCCCACUUCUCACUGCUAUUACUACAAUUACGGCCGCGAGCGUAGCAGUCGCUGUGCCCAGCGAGCCCAACAUGAACGAACUCGGUGCUGGACACACUCUUGCCCUUCGCGACACCGACACCAUCUCAGUCCGUCUCGACGCCGGCGACGACAACAUCAUUACACGGAAGAUCGAGACGCAGCACGAAUGCCAGGUCACGGAUGCCUCCGACUUCCCAGACGGUGUUCUCUCCAUCGAGAUCCCUGAUGGCUACUACUGCCGUUUUUGGAGUACCAUGUCCUGCAAUGGCGAUAGCACCAAGGAUAUGCCUGCACCAGGCGGCAAGCCAUCGGACAAUGGCCUCGUUCAUAAAACGGGUGCGUUCAAGUGCUACGAGGGCAAGGAUUGA